AUGAUUUGACAACUGUGCCCACUACAGACAAGACAACAGUCACAACCACACCAUCAGAUGAUUUGAAAACUGUGGCUGCUACGGACAAGACAACAGUCAAAACCACACCAUCAGCAAACUUGACAACUGUUUCCAAUACGGAGAAGACAACUGUUGAAACCACAUCAUCAGAUAAUUUGACAACUGUGGCCGCUACAAACAAGACAACAGUUCAAACCACAAUAUCAGAUGAUUUGACAACUGUGCCCACUACAGACAAGACAACAGUCACAACCACACCAUCAGAUGAUUUGACAACUGUGGCUGCUACGGACAAGACAACAGUCAAAACCACACCAUCAGACGAUUUGACAACUGUGGCGACUACGGACAAGACAAUAGUUCAAACCACAACAUCAGAUAAUUUGACAACUGUGGCCGCUACGGACAAGACAACCGUUGAAACUACACCAUCAGAUGAUUUGACAACUGUGGCUGCUACGGACAAGACAACAGCCACAACCACACCAUCAGAUGAUUUGACAACUGUGGCGACUACGGACAAGACAAUAGUUCAAACCACAACAUCAGAUAAUUUGACAACUGUGGCCGCUACGGACAAGACAACCGUUGAAACUACACCAUCAG